AUGUAAGGAAACGAAGAUAUUAACAAAGUAUACACUUUGGAGAAAACCUUGGGAGAGGGAGCCUUUGGAAUUGUGAAGAGAGCUGUCAAAAAGAGCACAGGUGAACAUUUCGCCGUGAAAAAUAAUUAACAAGGAAAACCUUAUCAAACGAAGACCUAAGUGGAAAUCCUUACUCAAAUUGAUCAUCCCAAUGUUGUGAAAUUGUAUGAGAUUUAUGAAGAUGACACAUACUUCUAUAUGGUCUUGGAAUUGAUGACUGGCGGAGAGCUAUUUGAGAGAAUAGUUGAAAAAGAUCACUUUAGUGAGAAGGAAGCAGCUGCAACACUCAGACCAAUUAUUGAUGCACUUGCUUAUUGUCACAAAAUGGGAAUUGUGCAUCGAGACCUCAAACCAGAAAAUCUACUAUACUCAACCAUGGAACCUGGAGCCCUCUUAAAAGUUAGUGAUUUCGGACUUGCUCGUUUCGUUGGUUCAGAAGAAGUCAUGAUGACUCAAUGUGGUACUCCAGGUUAUGUGGCUCCCGAAAUCAUCAAUGGCAAAGGAUACACAGAAGCCAUCGAUUUCUGGUCUGUCGGUGUUAUUCUCUAUAUCAUGUUGUGUGGAUUUCCCCCUUUCUAUGACGAAGAUAACGACAAGCUCUUUUAAAUGAUCAAAACGGGAACCUUUGCUUUCCCAUCACCCUACUGGGAUCAAAUUAGCAAUGAAGCCAAGGAGUUAAUCAAAGGCCUUUUGACCAUUGACCCAGCCAAAAGACUCACCACUGACAAAAUCCUUAAACACCCCUGGCUCCUCAAUAACACCCACAAAUCUAUUGUCAAUCUUCAAGCCAAACUCAAAGAUUAUCGUGCCUCCAAGAAAAUCAAAAGAAUCGCAAAUGUCCUCACCAUUGCUAGAGGAUGGGGUAAGAUGGCCUAAGUUAAGAAAAAUUGAUAUCAUUACAAAUAAAUAAUUAUAUAUAUAUAAA